CAGCCUAGAAGGGAUCAACAGUUUUACCCAACGCCACCGUGACGUCGUCCUCGCCUCUAAACCCCGUCUUUAAAGCCUGGUCGUGGUCUUAAUCUGGAUUGGAGCAAUCCCAUCUUCAUAACGAAGAAGCCUGUGAAAGUGUUGUUUCUCUCUGCGAGUGUGGUUCAUAGGCGCUCGGUUUUACCUUUGGAGCAAAGUUACUCGGAUUUGUUGGACUCAUUUUUGACUUAUUUAUGUAUUGGGAGGAAAAUUUAUUCUCAUCUCAAUGACUGAAAAAACAAUAGUAUUUAUUUAAAUGUGACACAGAGCGGACUUCAGCAGAGUGUUUCUUCUUCCUUGAGCAACGCUAUGGGUCAAGCGCAGGCUGCCAUGGACACGGAGGUGACCCUUCAGAACAUCCAGGAACUCUACCGCAGGUUUACAACCGACUGUCCCAGUGGGAAUCUGCACUUACACGAGUUCAAGAAGAUCUUCGGCAUCAACAGCCGCUCGACAGAGGAAGAGGUGGCAUUCAUGGAGAUUGUGUUUCAUUCCUUUGACUCCAAUAAGGAUGGUGUAAUUGACUUCCUGGAGUUUGUGGCAGCAGUACACCUCAUCCUCCGUGGGAAACUUGAGGACAAACUCAAAUGGUCUUUUAAAGUCUAUGACAGAGAUGGAAAUGGAUGUUUGGACCGUCAAGAAGUUCAACACAUCAUUAAAAUCAUUUACAAGCUUAAGAAACACAACGAUGCAGCCCACACCGUGAACACUGAAGAUAUCUGUGACAGAAUAUUUGAGUUAGUGGACAAGAAUCAUGACAGUCGGAUUUCUCUAGAGGAAUUUUUGGAGGGGGCUGAAAAGGACCCCUGGUUGAUGGAUCAGCUCAAAUUGGACUUUGGGCCCUCCGACUGGUUCGUGGAGCAGCUGAAAAAACCCUGAUUUAGCAGAACUGACUUUGUGAUCCCAUGACAAUGACCAUAUGCCUUUAAUGGCGAUUUAAUCAUGUUUACACACAUUUUUUUUAUUUGACAAAAGAUUUGGGAUCAUUCCAU